UUCAUCUGGACUCAUUUUCUAUAAAAUACCAGCACCUUGUUGUACUGCUUACUAGUUUGUACCAUGAAGCUCUGGAUCCAUCUCCCAGUUCUACUUCUCAUUAUAUACCAAGGACUUCAGGCUGAAGCAGGAGUACGUGGAUAUAUGCCAAAGUGGUGCUUACUUCCUCCGAAAUCUGGACCUUGUAAAGGCAGAAAGCUUCGAUGGCGUUAUGACAGCAACAUUUCUAAAUGUCGAGUAUUUCUCUAUGGAGGUUGCGAAGGCAAUGACAACAACUUUGAGACUGAAGGAAAAUGCAGGAAGAUCUGUAGAAAAUCCGGCCAUUGAGAAUACUCUGUUGUCUGGAAAAUACUCUGAAAAUAAAAGGCAUUUGUGAAUGAGAA